CUGGCCCCUUCCAGCGCGAGGAGAUCCUGGAAGGAGAUCCUGGCAGGCUCAGCCCUGGGCUGCUCCCUGCAAACAAGCUGUAAACAAGGCUCCCCAGCAGACUCUGGGCAGCUGUGCAAGGAGCUUGGCCUCUCUGAACCUCACUCUCCUUAUCUGUGAAAUGGGAAGUAAGAGCCCUUCCUUUGCAGCGUGGCCAGGAGGAUAGGGUGAGUGCGUGAUGCAUAGUGUGGCUCCCUGCACGCCUUCCUCGAUAUUAGAGGGAAGUGGCUAAGCCAGGUGUCCAACAAGGGGCAGCAUUUAAGCCGAAGGUGAGGCAGGCCUUCAACAAUGAAUACCCACAAGACUCACAGCUACUGUCAGGCACUGACCCAGCACUUGCAAGCUCCUUGCUUCCCUUGCCGCGGCUGCUUGAAUCCUUUCAACAACCCCGUGUGACCCCACAUCCCUGCCCCCUGGGCCACCUGCAGGACGCCGGCCCCUGCCCCUCAGCAGACGCCGGAGAGAGAUGAGUAGCAGCAAAGAGCAGCGGUCAGCAGUGUUCGUGAUCCUCUUUGCCCUCAUCACCAUCCUCAUCCUCUACAGCUCCAACAGUGCCAAUGAGGUCUUCCAUUAUGGCUCCCUGCGAGGCCGCACCCGCAGGCCUGUCAACCUCAAGAAAUGGAGCAUUGGAGAUGGCUACGUCCCAAUUCUUGGCAACAAGACGCUGCCCUCCCGGUGCCACCAGUGUGUGAUUGUCACCAGCUCUAGCCACCUGCUGGGAACCAAGCUGGGCCCUGAGAUCGAGCGAGCCGAGUGCACAAUCCGCAUGAACGACGCGCCCACCACAGGCUACUCAGCCGACGUAGGCAACAAGACCACAUUCCGUGUGGUAGCCCAUUCCAGCGUAUUCCGUGUGCUGCGGAGGCCUCAGGAAUUCGUCAACCGGACCCCCGAAACUGCGUUCAUCUUUUGGGGCCCCCCAAACAAGAUGCAGAAGCCCCAGGGCAGCCUUGUGCGUGUCAUCCAGCGGGCAGGCCUGGUGUUCCCCAACAUGGAGGCCUAUGCCGUCUCUCCCGGCCGCAUGCGCCAAUUUGACGACCUCUUCCGGGGUGAGACGGGCAAGGACAGGGAAAAGUCCCAUUCGUGGUUGAGCACCGGAUGGUUCACCAUGGUGAUUGCAGUGGAGUUGUGUGACCACGUGCACGUCUAUGGCAUGGUCCCCCCUGACUACUGCAGCCAGCGGCCUCGUCUGCAACGCAUGCCCUACCACUACUAUGAGCCCAAGGGACCGGAUGAGUGUGUCACCUACAUCCAGAAUGAGCACAGCCGCAAGGGCAACCACCACCGCUUCAUCACGGAGAAGAGGGUCUUCUCAUCCUGGGCCCAGCUGUAUGGAAUCACUUUCUCCCACCCCUCGUGGACCUAGGCCGCCCUGCCUGUGGACCCCUCCUAAGGGACACAGGAGAGGCCUCUCUCCUGCCAGCCACUCAACCAAGGGCCGUCUCCUGGCCAAUCAAGGCUGGUCGGAGCGUCUUCUGGCCAAUCAGGGCCUUGU